CGUAGAAAACUACUUGUUGUCAUGGACCCGAAUUUAUAGAUUGUUUGAAAACUGGACUGACAUUCCCGCUCUUUAGACGUUCAAUAUGUCUUUACUAAGUGCCAGUGACCCCCAAGCCACUCAAAAGAUCAACGUUUGUCUCAAGGACAUCGUCAAGACAGUCAAAGGCUACGAUCAUGUGCGUUUGACCUCCGAAUCCAAUCUGAACGCCAUGAGCACCCUUCACAAGAAGAUUGAGCAAGAUGACCGCAUUCAAGGGCCUCAACGGAACAAACUCAAGCAAAUCUAUGAAGAUGUGAUCAAGGAUGCGGAUAAGGAAGAGGAGUUGUUGCGCAAGGCCUUGGACAAAAUCUACCAAAUUCGACAGAUCCGAAGCGAAAUGCGCAUUGCGGCCCGUAAUGCGGGAAACAAGGAAACCAUUCGACGGGGGGCUCUCAUGAAGAUGUUGGCCACGUCGGCGCAAACCAUUCCUUUGUGGGUGGGCCGCGAAGGCGAAGAUCCGCCUCCACUCUGCGGAGCCAUGCCAGCGGAGGCCAAUUAUGUGGCUCAAACGGGCGACAUGGCCGCGGCUUUAGUUCGCAGUCCUGAUGGUGAUGAGAAUUGGAUUUUGGCCGAGGUGGUGACUUACAACCAGGCUACUGGUCGUUAUGAAGUCGACGACAUUGACGAGGAACAAAAAGAUCGACAUGCCCUAAGUCGACGAAAGGUCAUUCCUUUGCCCACCCGUCGAGCUUGUCCGGAGACCAACCCAGAAGCACUCUAUGAACCCGGCAUUACAGUAAUGGCCAUCUAUCCGCAAACCACGUGUUUCUAUAAAGGAGUUAUUAAGGAACAACCCACCACGGGCUCAGACGAAUAUCAAGUAUUGUUUGAAGAUCCCAGUUAUGCAGAUGGAUACUCGCCGCCCUUGUAUGUGGCUCAACGGUAUAUUAUCACGGUUACGGAUAAGAAGAAGGGCAAAUGAACCUUCAGUAUUUUUGAUAUCACAUUGCUUUUGGAAAUAUAAUAAAAUCACUUAAUAUCACUCA